CCCGCUAUUUUCUUUUUUUCUGAAACAUGGCUGACAUCGGCACCAUCGCUGCGCUUUAUUUGCUGUGGGAGUCCGAGCAGCGUCGCAAACGCAAACGCCGUCGUGUUUGGGUGCACGACAUCCUCCGGAGACGGCUACAGCUGGGUGAGUUUCACCACUUGCUCCAAGAACUCCGCCUGGAUGACGGCCGGUUUCAGCGGUACUUUCGACUGAGUCGGGCCCAGUUCGAUGACCUGCUAGCCCGGGUUGGUGCCAGGAUCUCCCGUCAGGACACCAACUACAGGCGCUCCAUAUCAGCUGCGGAGCGCCUGUCUGUCUGUCUCCGAUUCCUGGCUACUGGCGAUUCGUUCCGGACGAUAGCCACCAGCUUCCGGGUCGGGGCCUCCACCGUGGCUUCCAUCGUGUCCGAUGGGGUGACGGCUAUAUGGGACUGCCUGGUGGAGGAGUUCAUGGCUGUGCCCACUACCGAGGACUGGAGGCUGAUUGCGCAGCAGUUCGAGGAGCAGUGGAACUUCCCUCUCUGUUGCGGUGCCAUCGAUGGGAAGCAUGUUGUUCUGAAGGCCCCUGCGAACUCCGGUUCGCAGUUCUUCAACUACAAGGGAACAUUUUCCAUUGUUCUCUUGGCAGUUGUCGACGCAGACAAGUGCUUCCGCAUCAUCGAUGUGGGGGGCUAUGGGAGAACCAGUGAUGGAGGAAUUCUGGCCAACUCGGUGUUUGGUCAGGCCCUCCGAGCUGGCGAUCUCAAGCUCCCUGCUGACAGAGUACUGUCAGCGGCUGCGCAGAGAGGACCCCUGCCUCAUGUGUUUGUAGCGGACGAGGCCUUUCCGCUACGGACCAACCUCAUGAGGCCAUUCCCCGGACGCAUCCUCCCCCGAGAGCGGCGCGUCUUUAACUACCGACUGUCCCGGGCUCGGUUGGUGGUUGAGAACUGUGGUGUUGGGGCAGGGGCAGCAGGGACAGGAGCUGUACGUGUCUUCACUUGUCAACAAACCUGUAUUGUGCGAUGCUGCUGCCUGCUCAAGCUCCUCAUCUUCUCCUGCCCCUAG